AUGGAUCUUAAUCGAUUACACUUCUCUUCUUUACCUGAAAGUAUUAUCUUGUACAUAUUUACACUUUUAGAUAUCCAUAGUUUGGCUCGAGCAGCCAAAGUGAACAAGCAAUGGAAGCGUAUAUCGUACGAUCGAUUUCUUUGGACUUCGGUCUAUUUAGAUGAUUGUAAACUAAGUAAACGUAAAUUAUGGAAGUUAAUUCGAGCUCGAUUCGAUGAAAACUUGAAGGUUCUACAUAUAAAACCGUCGCUCAAGUCCGAAAAAGAAGUUGUAUCUGAUGCUAUCUUCCAUCACUUAAACUCUGUUUCGCCUGGAUUACAACAACUGGAUUUGUUACAUUGCGACCUCAAAAGUUUACGUGCAAUUCAAUUACCUCGAACUCUAGUAUCACUCGAUUUAGCUCAUAGUGCAUUACCAGCUAACUGGUUUUCACAACUAUCUAAAGAAAACUUCCUACCCUUGCUAGAAGAAUUAAAUUUAUCUAAUUGUUCGCGCAUAGAUAAUAAAGAAUUAUGUAACAUCGCUAGGAUAAAAUCUCUACGCCAAUUAAAUCUGUCACACUGUUACCGCAUAACCAAUAGUGGCAUUCAGAUUUUAUGUGAAAAUUUAAAAGAUUUGUCAGAAUUCAAAAUUGGUGGAUGCCCUAGAGUUAGCGAAAUAGCGUUGGCAUCUAUUAAUCGUUAUCUGAAAAAAUUGCGAACAUUAGAUGUUAGCAAUUGUAAUCGCAUAUCGGAUCGAGGACUUAAUCUUAUUAUUGGAAUGAAAACUAUUCGUUGUGUCGAUAUUUCCCAUAUCAAGACUGUUACCGAAACUACUAUACUCAAUCUAUGUCGAGCAAUCCCGCUAACCAAUUUAACAGUUAUCAACUGUGGAUUAUCAUCAGAGUGUAUUCAAACUGCAAACUGUUACUUGCCAGAAAAUAGCCAAAUCAUCAAUCGUUAA